AUGGCACAACCAUUCUGCGAGAUCCUCAUGAAUACUCUAGGAUUUAUACUCUUGUCUAUACUGCACAUUGCCUAUGCCAUUACUCGCGCGUUUCAGGCUCUAGUCAAAAAUCUGAAUCUUCGACGACAGCCAGCUAGAGGUGUGCACCUUCCACGAGACAAGGUCCCUGCCCAUAUAGCUCUUGUACUUGCACACGGAGAUGCCCAGAAGCGACACGGUCAACUAUCCGUUGACGAUGUCAAGGCGAUGCUUGAAUCGGUGCUCCGAGUAGCAGAAUGGUCACAAGCUGUUAAGGUAUCCAAAUUGACGGUCUACGACAGAGAGGGUGUCUUGGUCUCCAAAGCUGGAUACCUUAGAAGAAAGCUCCUACCUACCCAAGAGCCAGAAACCGACAACCAAACCUUGAAACCCAUCGUACUCAACUACCCUCUUACUCCCCCCUUAUCUGAUGCAUCCACCGAAGCUACGGAAACCGAAUCGGAUGUUGGAGAUUCAAUGGAUUUUGGUUCAACACAAUUUACAGUUCCGGCUAGCUCUGAAAAGGCACAACCGCUGUGCAUUAAUGUAAUAUCCGACAAAGACGGCCGCACCGAGGUUGCACUAUGUGCACGUCAGCUUGCUGCAUUCCAGAAGACACAAAAUAAACAGCUCGACCCCGCUACCCUCUUUAAAUUAGAUAUCAAUACACUGGAUGCAGUUUUGGAAGCCAAGUUGCAAUCCCCGGAUAUGUUGUUGGUUCACUCGAUGGCACCAGGUCUGUUCAAGAGACCGUUAGAGCUCCAUGCGUUCCCACCCUGGCAGAUCCGGUUGACAGAGAUGCAUCAUUCUCAAGUUAGACGAUUCCUUCCGUUCGGAAAAUCAUACACUAUAGUAGAGGAAGCGGCGUUUGCUCAAGCUCUAGAUAUUUACUCUGAUGCAGAAUUUCGACUGGGCAAAUAA